AAAACCUACUAGUCACUGGACUGGCUUCCUCUUUGGCUACUGCUCCAGCGUUUCCUGGGUGGGCCGGGCCGAGUCUCUUUCCCAGAACUUUAUGGACUUGUGCCGGAUAGCAGUGAUGGGCCAUUCUUUCGGUGGAGCAACAGUGAUCGAAGCACUCUGUAAAGAGGUCAACUUCAAGUGUGGCAUUGCCCUGGACGUGUGGAUGUUCCCCCUGGAUGAGGAGAUCUACGCCAGGGUAAAGCAGCCCAUCUUCUUCAUCAACUCUGAGAAGUUCCAGUGGGCCGGAAACAUCAUGGCCAUGAGGAAACUGGUCCCACCUGACUCCUCCUCCACACAGAGGAAAAUGGUCACCAUUAAAGGAACGGUUCACCAGAGCUUCCCAGACUUCAUCUUCCUGACAGGCAACUAGAUCGGAGAUCCUGAAGCUGAAAGGAGAGAUCAACGCUCAGGUUGCCAUCGAUCUCUGUAGCAUUGCUAGCAUUCCUGCAGCGACAUCUAGAAACCUGGAAUAACCUGGAAAAUCAUUUGGAGUUCCUGCACAACACACUCGUCACUGGACUGGCUUCAUCUUUGGCUACGGCUCCAGCGUUUCCUGGGUGGGCCGAGUCUCUGACACAAAGACGACGUCAUCGUUGCAUUUCUCCUCCACUCUCAGGGUGAGAUGCUUCACCUGUGACAUCCCAACUUCUGUAUGGAAGAAAGGUGAGGGUAGAGACGUGAUCAGGAAAUCAGAGAAGAUCAGGAAAAAUAAGACAUUUGUUUAAAUGGAGAGGAAGAGGCAAAGCGAGAGGAUUUACUUAGCCCAAAAUCUGUCAGCGUGAGAUAAGCACUGUUUUUGCAUGGAGGUCUAUGGCAGUGUCAAAUUACGUGACGCUUAUUUGAUCUAAUAGACGUUUUGUAACGUUUACUGUUACUGUACUGAUAUAAGUGGAUGCACGUGGCAUUCCUGCAACUUUGAGAAAAAACGGCUUAGUUGUGCCUGUUGUUCACAUGCCUAUCUGCCCUCUCAUUGGCUAGAAUGGUCCCACCUGAUCUCGCCAGCCUUCAAUCAUUGAGGACAUGUACAGUACAGUGAGCUCCAAAAUAAUUGGGAGAGUGAUAUAUAUUCGUUUCGACUCUGCACUCCAGCACUUUGGAUUUGAAAUGAUGAAAUGACUAUGAGGUUAAAGUGUAGACUGUCAGCUUUAAUUUGAGGGUAUUUUCAUCCAUAUCGGGUGAACCGUUUAGAAAUGAUAGCACAUUUUGUACAUAGUCACCCCAUUUUAGGGGACCAAAAGUAUUGGGACAAAUUAACUUAUGUGUAUUAAGGUAGUCAAGUAUUAAGGUAGUUUAGUAUUUGGUCUGUUGGGUUUUGAGAAUAUGAAAUAUACUUAUUCAUGUCACUGAGGGAGAGAGGGUAAUGUAUAAUGUUUACAUUAUGUCAGGAUAUGUUGUUGUUAGCCAUCAGGGAUCCUAUGGGAAGGAUCCUCUGUGAGGAGAAGAAACACAGUCUGGUACCAGUUACCAUGACAGAUGUGAGUUGGGGAGGAGUGAGAGGUCAGGUCAGAUGAAGUGAGGAAGAACAGAUGUCACUAAAGUUCUGUCUAGCAACAGAGAUGCAUUGGCUGUUCGGUUGUGUAGGAGGAGACUCAGCCUAGGAAAAAGGGUUAAAUAUCAGUGCUUGUGUGAAAAUGUAUUUGUCUAAUGCAGCUGUAUUGAUCCUCUGGGAAGAAUUACACUUGGUUAAUCUUUCACAGUGUCCGGUGAGUUUUUUUACUCUGAGAAUUAGAACCUGACAGGUUCCAUAUUUCUAGCACACAAUAAUUACAUCAAGCUUGUGACUACAAACUCGUUGGAUGCAUUUGCUGUUUUGGUUGGGUUUCAUAAUAUUUUGUGCCCAAUAGAAAUGAAU